AGAAUAAAAUGAAUAAGAGAUAAUAAAGAGGUUUUAAAGAUUUAAGGUGUUCCCGGAGCACCUAUGAAACCUUACCUAAAAAGACCUCGUAGAAACGGUUUCUAAAAACCUAAAAACCCUCCUAAUGCCUACAAGAAAACGAUCUCAAACAUAGACUGCAGCUUGCUGUGCUAUGGUGAGGAGAGGAUGGUGGAAAGUGGUGGGAGCCCUUUCAUUCAUCCUACCUUGCUCCCUUGCAGUUGGGAGCAAACAUGUUGUCUCUUUGGGAGCAGGGAGCACGGAGCUGGAGCAUUUAGCCAGAGCAAGAUCAUUAGAUUCAGGAGCCAGGGGAAAUAUUUCAGCUUUAAUAGCCAGGAGUGUUCAAGGUGUGGUUAAUCAGGAGGUUGUUGAUCAAGAUGACGAGGAGGCGGAGCAUCUGGUUCCUUUUCCACUAGAAGGCGUUCCCCGGCAGUCCAGGACAGAUGAUGGCUACAAAAUUUCUCCGAAGCCAUGUGAGGUGUCAGGCAUACAAGGAACAUGCAUGUUUGUGUGGGAGUGCUUAAAGACUGAUGGGCAACACCUGGGGAUGUGUAUGGAUGGUUUUAUGUUUGGUAGUUGUUGUAUUCAUGAUACAAGGGACAAUGAUAUAGCAUCAUCCGAUAUAUAUCCGUCCUCAUCUUCCUCAUAUUCAUCCUCAUCCUCGUCAUAUCCAUCUUCAUCUUCCUCAUAUUCAUCCUCAUCAUCCUCAUAUUCUCAAGCUUCCAAUCCAUAUCCUUCAUCCCAUUCAUCUCAUUCAUCCUUCUAUCCUGCCUCCUCCUAUUCAUCUUCUAACUCUCCUCCUCCAACCACCAAGCCUCCAUAUUCUCCAAAAACAACGCCAGGUUUUACCUCACUUAACAGUGGUAACACCUACUUUCGCCCGCCUAGGCCAAAAAGACCUCCAAGGCCCAGUAUAAAUCGCGUGGGUAUCCUAAGUGGAAUGGAGGAACCUGCUGAAGAUAGUUACGAUUUGACAAGACCGCCGCGACCUACCAAACCUUCCACGUUGAUCUGGCCUUCAUCCCUGCCCAGGAAACCUCCGACGGGUCGACCACAAAGCUGGGAUAAAAAAGAUGAUAAAUAUUUUCCUGAAAAUAAUCACGUGGAGGAGAGAGAUCCUGUAAACAAUGAGCCAGAGGACUGGGGUUGGUCUACCAAAUCUACACCUACACGUCCAACACGUCCGCCUAAACCUGGAGGUUUACUCAAAUACAGUGCUGAGCAGACAGCUCCAUUAAGAGAAGCUAGUACUAGCACUACUACGACUAGUACUAGCACAACAACAACCACAACAACAACAACAACAACCACAACAAGUACUACACCAACCACCACAACAACAGCUCCAACUACAACAACAGAAAUGGCACUCCCUGUCUUUCAAACUCCAACCACACCUGCAUUUACCAUCAGUUCUGUGCUGACCCUGCGGCCCUCAUCAGCUGCUGUAAGUGCGGAGAGCAGCCCUAGGAGCAGCUGCGGUCAGCCUACUAUGCCAGAUCACUGCUCUGAGGGUAGGAUUGUUAAUGGAAGCAGAGCUUGCUAUGGUCAAUUCCCUUGGCAGGUGUCUGUGCGCCGAACUUCCUUUUUGAAUAUUUUUGGAUCGUCUACGCAUAGAUGUGGAGGAGCACUGCUAAACGAGUAUUGGGUUGCAACAGCGGGACAUUGUGUAGAUGAUUUGACGAUAUCUCAGAUCCGAUUGAGGUUGGGAGAAUGGGAUUUCUCGUCAGAGUCGGAGCCUAAUCCUCAUCUUGAAGUAAAAGCGAUUAAAAAGAUUGUACACCCGAAGUAUAAUUUCUUCACGUAUGAGAAUGAUCUAGCGCUGGUUAGAGCUGAGAAAAGAAUUAAGUUUGCUGAUAACAUUAUUCCAAUAUGUCUACCAGGAAACGAUGAUCUGCUUAUAGGUGAAUUUGGAACAGUAGCUGGAUGGGGCAGGUUAAGUGAGAAAGGAGUUCUUCCUUCUAUUUUACAACAUGUUUCAGUUCCCAUUGUAUCGAAUGAAAGAUGUAAAAGUAUGUUUCUAGCAGCGGGAAGACACGAGGUUAUACCAGAUAUAUUUAUGUGUGCUGGAUAUGAAACAGGGGGACGGGAUUCUUGUCAGGGUGAUUCAGGAGGACCCUUAGUUGUGAAGGGGAAGGAUGGAAGAUGGUUCCUCGCGGGCAUUAUUAGUUGGGGCAUUGGUUGUGCCGAACCUAAUCUACCAGGUGUAUGUACAAGAAUAUCCCAGUUUCGAGGAUGGAUCUUGGACAAUGUGAAGUGAUAUUACUGGAAACCGUUUUUAGAAACGCAGAAACGUUAUUCAGUUCAGAAAAGUGAACACGGUCCCAUUUUUUGUCACAUAUCUAAUGGAAUUGCAAAAAGUAUAUUGAGUGAACAAAUCUGGCGCUAAAAUAUGUCAAAACGGCAUUUAUUGGAAUUGAAGUAUAAGUUUUUUCGCCAAAAUCCCCGAAAUCUGAACCUGGCAUGACAACGAUUCAGGGGAGAAAACCACAGUGAUAUAAAUAAUGAGCUAGUCAUAUAGAGAGGUAAUUAACCUAGUCAAAGCUAGUCAAGGGGGGGCACUUAGUUAAAAAAUCCACACCGAAAAUCAGUCUAGUUUACAAACCUUUGGAAAAUCAGUCUAGUUUACAAACCUCAGGAAAAUCAGUCUAGUUUACAAACCUCAGGAAAAUCAGUCUAGUUUUUAGAGCCCUGGAAAAUUUAGUCAUCGUAGCUAAUUCAUGCUUUAAUGGGGAAGUAAAAGUACUUUUUCCAGGGUGGUGUGAAGAAAUCAUUUGAUUUAUUUUGUUACUUCAAUUAUUUGGAGUGAACCUAGAUCCGCGUUAUAUUAUUUCAUACCUUGUUUAUCUUUUUAAAUAAUAAAAUUGGUUUCUAACUCA